UAUCAGAGUAUUAAGUCACCAGCAUUUUAACAGGCGGCCUCUUAGGUUGUUCUUGGCACUGUUGCAACACAACUCUGGACAAAAGAGCCCAGAGCCUGCAAAAAGAAUUGGCAUUGAAAAAUAAACCAAAGUUUGUUGAGAUUCACCUUUUAGGGAGAAUGUGGAGGAUUGCUGUAGAGCAGUGGAACUCCCAAGUUCUGCACAAAAGAAUACCGGCUGGAGAUCAUGUUCUGACUCACAGGAAGAAGUCUGCAUAGCAUGUGAUGUGACAUCUGAAACAUGGAGAAACACCACCUGAAGAAGGGCAUUGAAUUUUUAGGAAAUAUAUGUUGGGGGGGAGGUAUAUUUUGAAUUUGAGGUAACCUUCUUGCCCUGUACGUGGCAAAAUUACAUAGCAGUUCUUACCUAAAAUCAGAUCCUGCAGCUUCUUACCUUUAUCAGAAUGAAAAGGGGAGAUGUUUUCACUUCUGAGUGAGCACCUUGCUGGACAAAAAUACUUUUUUUUUUUUAUGUAUCGCUUUUGCUUUCAGAAAUCAUGGAUUUUUAUAUCUCCUUAUAUUAGCAGUACAUAUGUUUGUAUAGCCAGUGUUGAGGUAACCUUUCUCAUGGCUAAUAAGUGAAGGCAUGGAUAGAUAUGCCAGGGUGAAGUCAUGACUACUAGAAUAUUUGGGGAUUUUUUAGAUGGUGCGUUAACAUAGCUCAGUAUGCAUUUGGUUAUAUGGGGAGAGGUAGGGAAGGACUAGCUUUAUCGCAGCAGCCAAAAGCUGCGUGGUAGUGUCCUGGAAACACUACAUUUUUGACUUGAGGAUCUGUUUAGAAACCCCUCCAGCAUAUAAUGUUUUUUUCCAGCGCAGGGGUGAGGAUAGAUAAUGUUCUGUGCAAUUUAUAUGGAUUUAGUAGUUCACUGUACUGAACAGGCUAUUCUGUUACUUAGAAGUUUUUAAUACAGUAAAAGGCACCUAAUCAUGGAGGCAGCCUGUUGGGUAGAAAGCAGAGUUAACAGUCUGUGUACCAGGAGCUCAUAAUAACUUACAUCUUCCUACCUGAGAGGAGAAGUGCCACUUAUUGAGGUCUUUAUACCUUUACUUCCUUUUCCCAUUUACUGUGGUUUUGGUUGUUUCCCAUUUGAUACCUCUCUACUUCAGUUGUGAAGAACUGAAAGGUUAAAACACGUAUCUGCAUUGCUUUUGCAUUGAAAAAGUGAAGGUUUUUAAGUCAUGCCAUAACUUCUGUUUAGUUGGGCAGGACAGAUAGCUGUGUGCUGUUGGUUGUGGUGCAGAGAAUGCAGAGAGAACAAGGGAAGCACGUGUGCCCUGUUGCAAUUAGUAGUUAAUUACCUGCUACUUGCUGACAAAGGUUGAAUGUUUGCACAAAAAAGCAGGUGGUUUCUUUGAAGAGGUUGGCUUACCUUAAGGCCUUUUUCUCUCCUUUUCAAACUUUCCUUUCUGGAGUAUAACUUUAUUCCUUAUUCAUUCCUCAACUAUUUGUUGUUCAUCUUGGGUGAUUUGGCAAAAGUGAAUUUGUCAACUUCCAUUAGAAUUAGAUGAGGGGAGUUGUAGGUAUAUAAUAUCCCCCAGUCCUGUCUGCUUGUGUGGAAGAGUAAUCAUAAAAGAUCUUACAAGAGGAGUGCCAGGACUUCAGAAUUCAAGUUUUCCUUGUUAAAAUUGGCAUUACUCAGGUUGGAAACACAAUCCCCUCCUCCCUGCAGUCUCCCCCAAAUAAUUCUAAAGUCAGGCAUGUUACUAAGCUUCCCAGUACAACAAUCACAGAUGGUAGUCUGUGCAAAUAGAUGGUUGCUAGUGUGGGUUGGAAGAAGCGAUCUGGGGAGUAUUUGGAGACUUACCAAAUGUUAAUUACCUUUAGUUAGAGGUUGGUGAGCCUGCUGGGGCUGUGUAACAUCUGCAAGAAGAGGUGAUGUUCAGGCAGCAGGCUUGAGUAGACAGUUUCCUUUUUAAUGGUGAAAUGUAACUCAGGUUUGAUAUCUUCAUAGCAAUAAAAAUGUCAGUAGCGUUUCUAGUUUUAAAGCACUGGGAGGGGGUAAUAAGCAGGGGAGGAGAAAUCUAUUAAACUGAAUGUAAAGCUUGCAAAUGUUCCCAGGCAUUACCAGCUGGCUAUAGAUUUUUCUUGGCUCUUGUUGCAAGCCCUUUGAACUAUGUGAAAUGCAAAGCCCGUGAUGGCCCCAUAAGCAAAUUCUUUGAGUGAAAGGAUAAUGCUGUCAAAGCCGUUUAUGGUUCUUGCAUCAACAGCUGUAAGUAAAGGUGGAUUUUCGUGGCAUAGAAAUACCAGGCUGUGUGCUUUGCAAAAGGCUUUAGUCCUAGUUUACCUUUAUCCAUGGACUCCCUUGUGUGCUAGUGUCAGUGAUACAGUCAGACAACUCUCAUUGUCCCUUGACAAGCAUAUCAAGUGAAUGCUUGCAAUCUGGAAAGUCAGUUGAUGCCAUCUGGUCAAGUACUAAUGAGGCUGCUGGAAUACUGGUGUCAAAUGUUACCUUAACCUAAACAGAGCCCAUAUGAGAUGAUGCUAGACUUUCCCUAUACCUUUCAUGCACUGGCACAGUUGAACUCUGAACUCAUGAUUCCUCAGGAGUUUAUCAGCUGGUCUGUGUGAAAAAGCAAUAGGGUAUUCUGUACCAAGACCCUGUGCAGCAGUGGUACAUGGUUAGGGUCAAUGUGAAGAAACUAUCACAUACUAAGGAGUAUGAAAGACCUGAUUAUUUCCUGUAGUAGCCCAAAAUGAGAAGCAAGGGCUUUACAUCCAUUAGGUACUCUUGAGACUUGCAUCUGAUAUUACAGCUUUCACUGUUUAUUCCAUACAGAUCCUUUUACGGAUGUUUUCAAAUAUUUUUGUGUGUGAGGAAGGCUGCUCCCUGUUGAUUUCCCUUUGAAAAGGUGCAUAGAUUUGUGUGGCAGAAUUCUAGUGUGGCAGAACCUGCUUGAAGUGUUGGGUGGUGUUUAACCGAUCUCGUAUUAAUAUGAUAAUUUGAUAAAUGAUAACAUCAUGUGUGAUUAGCCCCUCUUGAGUUUAAGUGGGAGCAUCUAGUGAGUUUUAAUGUAGUGAUCCUCGCACUAGGCAGUGUUAAAAGGAAAUCCUGUCACUCCUGCAUCGUGAACUGAAAUCUCUUUCCUAUGCUUUUGUUUUUCGUAAAUUUUGUAAGUGGGAGGCCUGAGUUUGGGUCUCUGUAAUACCUAAAAGCCAGAGCAAUGCUGAAAAGCUAGACCUUUCCCACUUAGUGGAAUGUGCUUCCUAGGUCUCUAGAGGUGUAUCAGAACGACAGGAAAAAAUAUACUGAUUACAGAAAGUCAUGAAGUCUCAUAAAAAGAAGUCUUGUGGUUAGGUUGAGAGAGUUUUCCUGUCCUCCAUGUGGGCCUGACCGCAGCAUUGAUCAGUGCAAAUGGUUGGCUGCUUUAACAAAGUGUCUUUGCUGUGCGUCUUACUACCUACUUUCAAAGUGCUCAUGUGAAAAACCUGUGUUCUGCUGAGAGCAAGAGAAAGAAGGGACACGAGCAUCUCUUUGUACUAGUGCUCUCUUCCCUGCAGAGAGCUACGUUUUAGAGGAUUUUAUGUCUGGUGAUCAAGAGGAGAAAGUUUGUUGGAUUUGUUAGUCUGCAAGACCAGGGUAUCCCCUCCUUUACCCUCCAGUUACUGUCACUCUUUCUUUUUUUUCAGGAAAAUCAUUCUUAAGCUUAGCAACAAGGAGUUGCUGCUCAGUGUUGCAAAAUGAUUAACAGGUAAUGCUUUUCAUUAUUGGAUAUUGUGCUGACAUGUCUGGCUCAGUUUUGAUCUGCCCCUGGAGCAGCAAAGAAUUAAAGCCAGGCACUGAAGAGGUUAUUCUAAUUUUAGAGAUGGGGAGUAACAGAAAAAGCACUACUGCUGCAGUGAAUGCUGCUCAGGAAUUUUAUGGAAAAAAAACAUUAGUGCCACACCACUGAUGAGUGGACCUUGCGCAGCUGCAAAGUUAAACCUGUGUUGCUGUUUCUGCACUGACCUUUCCCACCAUACAUCCCAUGUAUUGCGCAGAAGGCGUGGUGAGGAUAGUAGCUGCUGUUGUGUCCUUCCCCUUGGAGGUCCAGGGGUGCUGUGUGCCCUCUGGGGUUGCGCUAAGGGGAUGAGGUUCACAUGGUUAUCUUCACAGGGGCAGCUCUACAGGCUGUCUUUUACCAGGCAUAUCUUAAUGUUUAAUAAAAUUGUUUUCUAUUUUCUUGGCUAAACAGUUUUUGCUAGGUGAAGCCAAAAGGAACGGGACACAGCAUUAACCUUGUUGUCAGGAGCAGAGGAGGGGAUGCAUUCAGCAUGCCAGCAUCCAGAUCCAUACUAUAGAGGAGUCAUGCGUCUGCUGCACCUCAUUGUCUCUUUUGGGAUUUUGCCUUGGGAGGCUUACUGGGGGAUGGUUAGCGAGGAAGCCCUUACCUGCAAGAACUUGGAACAGCAUUUGUGAUGGCCUGCAGUAAGCUGAGCUCCAGCAAUUGAUCUCAGAUACUGACUUACUAAUUAAGGACUUCGUGUACUGGCAAUUUUAAUCCCCUGGGAAAAUCUGAUUGGAAAUGCUGCUGAUAACAUUGGAUGUUUUGCCAAAGCAAGGGGAGAAUUAGGGCCUUGUCAUCUUCUCAUAAGAACAACAUUUUUAAAUAGCCGUUGUGUUUUUAUGUUUAAUCCUUUCACAGACACAAAGAUAAUGCCAACUGACUAUGGAAAGAGUAGAAAAAAAUGCCUGAAAGCUUCUAAAAUGUACAAACACCUCUCCAAACCCUCUCUUCCCCCCCCCCCCCCCAUUUUCUAACAGAUGACUUGUUGCUUUUGUUUGUUGGUUUUGGUUGGUUUCAGUCCAAGACUUACCUAUAGUUGUGUUGACAUUGUGUUCGAUCUGGCCAUAAAGGCUGGGUGAAUGCUGGGCUGUGGGUCAGGCUGAGGUAGCUGGUCCAGCUGGUGUGUCCUGCUAUACACCCUAGACUCUGAAGGGUAUAGGUCAGCCACCGUUGCCUCCCAGUCCAGCAAGGGUGGCUGAAACACUUGUGAAUCAGCUCUUCAAGUGCUACAGUUUCUCAGACAGUCAUAUAUAAUGAAAAACUCUAGCUUGAUAACCAACAGCUGUUGUGACCUGAUGAUGGUUUAAGCUGAUCCCGUGUACUCCAUGCGUCAGUACCCCAGUUUGCAGGUGGUAGCCCGAUUUAGAGGAUGCACCGAUGUGGUUACACAAUUGGCGUUCUGGGUAGGUGAAGGAUGCUUAUGCCUUUCUGUAAGGGGUCUGCACCCUUUUCUCUCUUUAGGUGAAACAAAACCAAGUAGUUGCCUAUUUUCCCCCUUUCAUAGAGAAAGCACUUUCACUGCAUUUAUAGUGUUUGCUCUUUGGUUUGUUUUGAACUCUGGUCAUUUAUGUUUAUUUUUCACUUCUGUUUCCCAAGUGUUUAAUCCUACCUUUUCUACUAACUUUCCCUGAAAUGGCUCUCUUUCUCCCUUGAAUUCUGUUUCUGGCCUCAAAGUUAUUUGCCUGUGUUUACAGGGAGAGUAGAUAUGUAUGUAAAUGGACGUUUCCUUUGCCAUUGUAAUAUGAUCUUCAAAGGCUUGGACUGCAGUCACUUUGCUGCAUUCUUUACAUCAAACGUUUGUCUUGGCAAGUUGCUGCCAACAGAGUGCUGCAAGGGCCCAAUCCUGCUGAUUGUGUUCUGCUCCCACUGAACUAACAGGGCUUCUGUGCAUAAAAGUGAACUUUCAAAUCAGCGUUGUGUGGUCCUGACACAGUUAUGUUCAUGUUGUCCUUACUGAUGUAAUCUGGAAGUGAUCACCAGUUCUUAACUUCUCAUGACCAUUUGGUGUGUGUUAAGAUAUAGCAGUUUAUAGCAAUGGAGGAGAGUAGCUAGGUUCCAGCCCAACACGGAAACAGGGUGGUUUGAGAGGUUUGCCUUUAUGAAAGUAGUCAGCAAUGCAAAGCUGUGAUACCUGCAGUAUCUGUUUUCAUCUUCUUGCUCAGCAAAGUCCCUCAGUAUGUGCAGUGCUGUGGGGUAGCAGAAUGGGAACUGUGGUGGGAAGGAGGUUGCUGCACACCCCAGGGCUGGGGAGAGGUUUGCUGGGAGAGAGGGGAUAUGACGUGUCAUGAGCAAAGCAGUAAAAGAGUGCAUCAGUACCGUGUGUCGUCAGCUUGUAUUGCAACCCCCACCACAGCAUGGAACGCUCAAUGAAGUGGACCCACACCUCCCACAAGAGCGGAUCAGUAGGGUGGUAAAGUGAACACAUGCAUAUGAUCCAAUUACUUUCUCUACUUCCCUCAGUCUAAAACCAUUUUUGUGUUCUGAUACUUUUUGAUUUUGGGACUGUGGAAGAUGGAAAGGAACCUUCUGCUACUGCCCGUCUUCCAGCGAGAGGUCACAUACUGGGAGUUACCCAGGCUCACGUCCCGCUGGGUGCUUGCUUACAGCAUGACCCCUCAAACCUUAGCUGGGGAAACUGGGAGGAGGAACAGUGGUAUGAGCAGGGGUGGGGGGAUGAAUGGUUCACAAGUCUUUUUUGUAGAAGCAGCUUAUCAGAGCUACAGCCUUACAAAUACAGCAGCUGUUUCGUUAGAGUGUAUUAAUUGGUGUAGUCAUAAGUGGUACUCUGUAUUUGCCCUGGAAGUUGAGGGUGAAGCCAGUAAUAUCUAUUGAAGUAUAAACUGCUAUAACAGAAGGAGGUAUUCUCAGAAUUCCACUUCCCACCAUUAGCUGGCCUCGUUCUUUUCCUGCCUUAAUGUAUGUGGGGUACUGUGGUUGACUCAAGGCUCAAACUAGUCUAGCUGUUUAAGAUGAAAACCACAACUGUACAACUAACUGGGAGCUAGUGAAUGAUUUCUGUCUCCUCUUUUUCCCUUCCUAUUGACACAAAAGGUGAUACUGAAAGUUGGUAGAAAAACCAACCAACCAAACAAACAAAAAAAAAAACCCCAGAAUUUUGUGAAGCAGCCUGCCAUAUGGAUAAUUUAGCAUUUGUGUUACUGUAGAGUUUUGAGACUCUGCUCUCAAAUAGUUGCAUGUUUUACUCAGGAAUGCUACAGCCAAUUGCAAGAAUGGAGAGAAUUUCAGUAAGGGGAGAGUGUGUUCAUUAUCUGCAUGAGAUGUUCAUGUUUGGUGCCACAUUUCAUGUGUUUUCAUAUCCACUGAAGCAAAGCAAGGAAAGUGCUGUGCUGGGGCAGUGUGCCUGCAUGGCUUAGAGCUGAAUAGAUGGAAAUGGUUAAAAGGGGUUCUCUGCUAGAGAGGAGGAGGGGAGAGUGUAAGAGUGCAUUCCCAAAAAAGUACAUUCCCAAAAUAAAAGGCUUACAUCAUGGACCUCUUCAGCUUUCCCACACUUCUUUCCUAAUUAUUGUCCUGCAGGACAGCUGAUCUAUUUCAAACAGGAAGCUGUUUACAGAUAACACUUGCAACUGUUUUGUCUGAUUUGUUGAACUGUCGAAAAGCAAAAGACAACCUCUAUUCAAAUUAAAAACUGUCAGACUUCUGUAAACAGCAGCAAUGAGGUUCAUCUGUGCAGUGUCCCUGCAGGCACAGAGCGUUCUGCAGUUCCCGUUUUCUCAGCAACCGUAAGCUAUUUCUAUGUACCAGCCAUAUGAUUUCUCCUAAUCGGGGGAGUCACUUUGGUAGGGUCCCAUUCCUUUUGUCGUCUUUCCCUUAUCUGCGCUUGGAAAGAUGUUUCAGGGCUCUGAGAGUGAAAGGACAUUGUAUAGUUCUAUUGCGAUUAAGCUCACCCUUCACUUGUCUAGUGAAAAUAUGUGGUUGUAUUUCCUGUGAGGUUUUCUUCUGAUGCUCUUACUUUUUCUCUUGGAGUGAGGCUUGGCCAUUUUACUGAAGGUAUUGUUGGUCUUUCUGUCACCAGUAUAACUUACUUCCCUCCUUAUCCCAGGUUCCUGUGAGCUGAUAUGAAAGUUUCAGUAUAGAAUCACAUGUAGAGUGUUAUUUGGUCUCUGCAGAUCCUCAGCCUGAGAAUUAAAAUAACCUUUUGUUGAAAUUGCAUUCACGUUGCCACAGUUCAAAUGCAAAAUUUUGAUCGUGCAUGCUUUUGUACCAUGGUGUUUUGUUAUAUUGAGGAUAUCAUUCCGAGAAGUAUGUCCUUGUCAUUUGAGGAUAACACUCUUGGAUCAUGUCCAUGACUCUUGGUGGCUUGCAUGCUAUGGCAAAAUGCCUCAUGUUGUUCUAUCUCCUAUGUCUGUAUCUUUUGCUGGAUAUUAUUUUCCAUUGCAGCCUGGUGUUUUGCCAUAUCUUUCCUCCUUUUAAAAUGUUCCCACUGUAAUUAUGUGCCUUUCCCCCUCUCCUUCUCUCCUCCCCCCCCCCUUCUUCCCUGGUGUAUUUAGUCCUUUUAAUUCUUUCCCUUGUGCAUCUUUCUUCUUUCUGUAUGCUGCUGGCAAGUGAGGGCACAGUUUUGUAACACACUGAAGGCCAUCUCGGCUGCUGCCAAGGGCAUUUCUUUUCCUGACUAGCAGCAUUUUUCACAGAAAUGAUGGCCAUGUUGCCCUCACCAGGAACCAAGGAACUAAAUCAACUGAAACACAUUACAAAAAGAACAAUAGCUUUCUGCUGGCGUAGCAGCCUGUGCUAGCUCAUGAUGGGAUCAAAUGGUGACAGUACAGAGAGGGGGAGGGUAAUGUGUGACUGCAGCAGGGGAGCCAGGCUGCUGUUUGCCCUCCCAUAGAUUGGUUUAGCUAAUUAGCAAUGGCGGGACUCCCCUCACCUAACUUUACUUAGCUACAAGGCUGAGCUAGUCAUGUUGAGCAAUUAAUAGGUACCUCCAGAGUCAAUUCUGACCUGUUUUAGGAUGAAAUGAACCCCCACGUCAAGGUGCCUAUCUCUGACUUAAUUAUACAGGACGCUCAGGGUGACUUUCUCAGACUGAGCACCCAAGAGAAUGGUUAAAACCCACCACAGGUUUGCUUAUGAUUUCUACUAGCUUGAGAUCUGGAUCUAAGCAAAGUUGACCUGAUAAACAGGCAUCUUCUGAUGCUAGCUGUGUUCUGUCUUGUGGCUCACUUUUUGAGGUGUCAUACUUGCAGCACUGGGGAGGACUGGGCAGCAGUCAAGUGGCUUCCCUUUAUUCUUAAAACUUCCUUCAAAUGUAGCUGUUACGUAUCUUUUGUGAGAGAAAAUGGGGGCAAAAGCUGUUUCUGCUCUCUUUGUUUGUUCUCUUCAGUGAGGAGUAGGAUACUGGCACAACCAAAACUAAACCUGUCUUGCAUCCACUUGCACUCUGGGAUGGUGCCAUCUCUCCCCUGGUUGGGCCUCUCUGUUUUUUCACUUUUGCUUUGUGUUUGUCCCACUGGCAGUCUCAUCCUAUGUCUCUUCUCUUGUUUUCCUCUAGCCUCAUAAAUAGCUUUGCUUAGCUUUUUGUCUUCUGUCUGGGCAUUCCUGACCUGUCCAUGUGUUUAUACAUGAGACAAUUGUGGGCCAUUAAACCAGAAAGCAGGGAAGGAAGAAAACUCAUUUUGCCCCUUUUUAGUCUAACAUCCUACCACUAGGCUUGAGCUGGCUUCUUCACUAGACCUCUUCCCUGCUUGCCUUCCAUCCUUUAACGUGGCAUGCCUGAGCGUAGUCUAAUUCUACCUUCUGUGUCCAUCCAAUAGGAGCAAUUACUGUCCAGGGAACUGGAGCUGUGGGUUCAAAUCCUUUUAAGUUAAGUAUGUUCCAUAGCUGGCAUUUCUCACCUUUUGGAUCAAUACUUGAGUGGCAUUUCUGUUGUGCAAAGGCAUAAACCGCUGCUGACAUGUCUGGGGUGCUUGGAUGGGGCCUUCCUAGCCCUUUCUGCCUCUUCUCUGCACCUCCAAGAAAGUAGCUGCAGGACUGGCACCACCCUCCACAGGUUACAUUUGCCUAUUGAUCCUGUCCAGUGCCCUCAAGAAGAUAACUGUCAGGCCCACCUGGAAAACUUCUGGUACCUGGAGGGUGAGAACAUGUUGGAAAGCAAAAGUUGGUUGAAUGGGCAUUAAGCACUUAAACAUUGCACAAGUAUGUCAACUUCUGCAGCCAUUCCUAAGCCUCUGUGGAUAUGGAGGGCUGAAAAGCGAUGCCUUAAAGCUUCAAAAAUAAAAUGACAAAUGCAAAUGUAAAUAACAUUUAUUCAUGUAAAGAAAUGUACCCUGCAGCAUUUCCAUUCACUGGUUCUUGCUGAAUUCUUUGUGUUUUAGUUCCUACAGAUAGGUGUGUGGGGAUAGCGUCAGGUUCUUUUGUGGAUGCUUUAUAGCAGCAGGGCUGAACUGAGACAAUUUAGACACAGGUUUUAGAACUGACCCCUGUAUUCUUUUUUGAUUUUUGGGGUGCUUAAGAAUACUGAAAAUUUGAUCUGACUUAUAUCAAAGACGGUACCCAAAAUCACAAAUUAUUCCUGUAAAUUAUAGCUGAAAAUGAGGCUAUCGCAGAGAUCUUGUAAUCUAAUAAGAGCUUUGAUUAAAACAUUGCAGGAGAAUUUUUGUUUAGCGAUUCUAGUUAUCUCUGACUAACAUUUUAUACAAAGCUAAAAUUCUACUUGAGUGUUAUUCUUUACCUAAACAUACAGAGCUGUCAUGAGAGAUUUGACACUCAGGUCCCACCACCCUCUAGUUACAGGUUUUGAAAACAUCCUUGCCCCCUUCUGGAACUAUUUUCAUCUCACCCUUGCUGAAGACCUGAUUUUAUAUUUUCAGCACAGAUGACAGUAAGUUAAUUCUGACAUAAACUCAUUGACUUCAACAGAACCUGCAUCAGGAAGAAAUUUGUCUUAAUUCUAAAAAACAUUCUUCUAGGUGAAAAGUAGAAGUACUAUUCCUGCAUAUGGCAAGGGCACCUACGUUGUACACUCAGAACUAAUAGUCCCUUGCACUUCACAAACAUCGGCUGAGGAAAUAGCUCUGUUGAGCCAGAAUUAAGUGUACUUUGGAGGGUAAACAAUGACUUCCUAUCAGUUAGGUUUUCAGGUAAUGUUAGCUUCCCAUCAGCUUACAGUCACUCUUUUGUCCUCUGCAGCAAAUCUUGCUGUUCUUCAGCAGCAUCAGGACCUGAAAUGCGUUAUGUCUCUGCUUUAUGCUACUCCAUGCUCCAUAGAUUUCACAGAGACUUCAUAACCAUGGCAGUUACAAUCUUUGUUUUUGCAAUUCUAUGGUAUUAACAUUUAGGGAUUAUAUAUUUUUUUUUUUCAUCUUUCAAGCUCAUUGCUUUAACCUUUGAAUCAACACAUAGAAUUUAACUUCAGAACAUUGCAAUGUUAUGAAAAGAAUCACCCAUUGUUUAAGCAGCUUUAUCAUUGUUUCUGAUAUUUUAUAUUCUAUCUAAAUAGUGAACUCCUGAUUACCCAAGGUAAUGCACAAAGGAGCUCGGAGGACAAAUGAGAUGAAGUAAAAGCAUAGCUACACAAAACAUCUGUAGAUUAGGAUUAUCAGCAAGGCUGUAAUGGGGAAAGCAGAGGUCAGUGACACAGGUUUCAUCUCCAGUGUGAAAGACAUCUUCUCCGGGGAAUGAUCUGCAGCCCUCAGGCCAAGGGGUGAGAAGCAGCUUGUGUGCACACGCUGGAGGCUUGUCCCUUCUGUGGCUCCCUGCUUUCCUAGAAACAUACUGCUGAUCUAUGCUGAGCCCUGGUGAUGUUACUUUUGUAGCCAUGGGACUUAAUUUUGGGGUUUUGUGGGGGCUUUUAUUUGUUCAAAAUGUUUGAAAUAGCGUGAGGUCUGUGUCACAGCCUGGCAUUUCACUGGCAUGAUUGUGUGGGCAUGUGUCGCAUCUGUUAGGAUGCGGCUCUGGGCCUGCUGGGGCGUUUGAGGAUACACAGGCUGCCAGAUAGUUCUGGGAGGUGUUGGAGAUGCAGAUGACAAGGACUGGAAAAGUCAGGAGAGUGAAAACUGUUGAAAGCUGUUGAUUCAUCUGUUGUGCUGACUCAAACCCGCUUGGGAAAAUCACCCAACAAAUGGCUGUGGCUCUGCAGAUUUUUGUGCCUGCCUGUACCAGGAACAUUCUCAACUCAGAAUAUACAUAAUUCAGCUCAGAUCCCUGAGAAUGAAGUAUAGUUUAAAAAAUCAUAAUGAGUGAAAACAGCUCAGUAAUAGUGAAAUAAAAACAGAUCCAAGAGGAGUCCCUUAGGAUUAUACAGAGGAUAACAGCCACUCCAUAGCUGUUGGCUUGCUGAGCAUUGAUGCCAGCAAGCAGCAUUUUCCUUCUGCAUUUCUCAGCCAUUUGGAUUCAGCUGGGCAGAUUAUCUGUGUUGUUGCUUCUAGGUCCAAAAUAACAGUGUGCAAUAAGCCACCAGCCCUUGUGGAACAGGGUCUUCCAGCACAAGGCGUUUGCUGGCUGAAGUGAUCUCCAACCUUUCCAUUCACAGCUCGUGGUGGCAAGCUGGGGAGCUCAAGGAGUGCUGGAUGCCAGCUGCCUGGCCCAUCCUGCAGCAGUUCUGAGUGAGCCUACGGUGCUUUGGGGAUUCUCUGAUGACCUCUCAAGGACUUGUUAUUUGAAGCCUGGCUUAAUAAACCUCUUCUGUCUUGGCAACUGAGGCACAUCUUUUUAAGGAAAGGCCAUGUAAUUGCUUCCUUUUCCUCUUCCGCCCCCCUCCCCCCCAAGCUUUCAGCUUAUGUUGAUUUAAUGGCCACCAUUAUUAGUGCUACAAAUUUGACUCCUGACCCCUGUGUAGACAGAGAAGAUGUUCAUACUUUUACAAGUGCCGAACAUCUCUAGGCUUCUCUCUGGCACUGGUUUUAUCAAUGCUGAAGAUACUCCAAAUGCCAGAGCUAAAAUUGUGUUUGAAAAAGCAGGCUGACACCUUUUUCUGAGCACCAGUUUCAGUGGGAUUUAGUUUUCUAAAUGCCUUUAUGAAUCUGGGGCUGAAAGGGCUUGAAGGUAGGUCAGAAAGGCAAGGAAUUUUCUAGGAUUUUAAAAUGAAAGGUACUGCUGUAGCACAUACCUGGAAAUCAAACUCUUACUUCAGUCAUAUAAGGCAAUUUUAACAGUGGAAGAGAAGGUUUCUUUUUAAAGCAGAAAAAGGCAGAGAAAGUGAUAUCCCAAGUGAUUUUGGUUUGAUUUCUACUACUAAUGUGUCUCUCUACUGAAGCUGUAGACUGUAUAAAGUAUUUGAUCUGCAGCCUCUUCAGAGAUUUCCUCUGUUGGUGGCUCUUCUCAGACCAAGGUAAUUUCCCAAGUAUUCAUGCGGGUCUGGGUGUUGUGACCUGACUGACACUAAGAAGCUCCAUUUUAUAGAACAAGUCCAUUUUCUCUGGGAGUUGAGCUAUCAUGAGGUAGGGUGAGGUGUCUUCCCUGUGUCUCUGAGGCUCUUAAGCCCUGCAGCAGUAGCAGGCAGUGAGUGGGGAAUGUGAUGAAGCCUUGUUGGAGGUUUUGUUUUCCCCGGAAAAUCCUUCACAGCUGGCUGCUGAGCAGGGCCACCAAGCAGCCCUGACAGUUCUCUGCUGCUUCAUGCCUUUAUCAUCUCUGAGCUGUGUAGGAGUUUGCAAGGGCAGAUUAAUAUUUAAUGUACCUGGAGGCUUUGAUGUUUCAGCUUUAGUCUGGAUACAUCUAAAGCCUCAUAAAAUGCAACCAAAGCAGGUGUUGCUGCUUUUUUUAUUCACUAAUGCAGUCUGGAACACCCUCUUAAUUUCAAUUCCUUCUUCUGUCUCAGGCUGUUUCAUUCCCCUCUCGGACUUGUCUGUCAAGAAUCCUUAUCACCAGCCUGCUGGGUACUCAUGCUGAAACUCUAGGCUUUCAGCUGUGUAUCCAAAGCGCUUGGCUUGAAAGACUCUUUGUCUGAUCUUCUUUUGGAUCCUGAAGUGUCUCUGCUACAAAGAAAUAGUGGGACACCCUGCCUAGGAUGUCCUGCAGGCUGGUGGCCGGGUGGUCUCCUGGGCUGUGGGGUGGGAGCUGCAGGCUAAGGCAGGCAGGUCCUUUUUUUGUUCAGCCCACAGAUCAUCAAUGUGGCUGUCAUCCAGUAUGGUCCAACUCCCCAUCCUUCAAAGUUUGCCACUAUUGAGGGUUAAAAACCUGUGUUCAGGUGUCCAGAAGAGACUUCCAGGCACAAGUUUCUCCUGGCUGGGUGAAGUAACCACACUCAGUGCUUUCCCGCAUAGGGGGCAUUGGUUCCGAACUUGGCAUUGUGAAGCCUUUUGUUGCCAUGGAUCCCCUCACUUUCCAGUCUACCAGCACUAUUUAAGUGCUAAGACUGGCCAUAGAGGCCUUUGGAAGGAAGAUCUGGAGAAAUACCGUUCUCAGCCAUUCCUCUUGGCUAAUUUUUGUUGCUCUCUCUUUUGCUUGCUGACUGUUGUGAAUCAUGGAUUUGGCAAAAAGAGGCAGGACCAUCCACUGUGGAUACUGUGAGCUCCUCUAGACCACAAAGAACACCAAGAUACAGUGCCUUGUACCCUGGAGUUAGGAAUCUAGUUAGGAAUGUGGGAAGGUGUGGCCAGAUUCAAGCUCAAUGUAUGUGAAGUAAUUUGUUUAAUAUGCAUAUGAGGAUAUUUGGGAGAAGGGCGCUAUCACAGAGAUCUGAUACUCCAAGACUGUGGUCAAAUAGUUUGUAUAACCUUAGAAAAUAGCUGUGGCCAGUAGCCUGACGUGGUUUCUAGUAGUUCGGGCUAUUUCUCUGCGUAGGCAAAGAAGGCAGUAGCGCAGGACAGAAGAGGACAGCAACACAGCAAAUGUUUUCUUACUGGUUUUGUCUGUCAGAGCUCUGGGAAUCUGGGCUGGCUGCUGCUUCUCCAUGGCAGUAGAAGCUUUACAUCCAAAUUCCCAUUACUCUUCCCUUUCCCCACCAACUAUUAGUGUUCUUUAUGUCCACUUUUAUGAUGUGCCUUCUCUUCCAGCUCUAGUUCUUCAUCCUUGGGUGGCAAAAUUCAAUUUUGCCUGAACUCUUGAGAAGCCUUGAGUGAUGUUCCUGCAAUUGUGACAAAACUUGAUGUGGCCUAAAUACUUGAGCAGCCAAGGAGUCAGUGACCUGUAAGUGCUCAUUAUGAAGAGAGAUCUGGUUUUCUUGGUGACUCUAAUUAGCCUUGCCUUCCUGUCACUGCUAAGGUCUGGAUAUCCUCAACAUAUUGCAGAGGAGUCCUGCUCUGUUCAAAUUCUUGUUCCAGGCCUCAAAGGGGAGGCUGGAGAAAAGGGGGAGAAAGGAGCUCCAGGUCGUCCAGGCAGAGUUGGGCCUCCAGGAGAAAAAGGAGAAAUGGGGGACAAAGGACAGAAAGGAAGCAUGGGACGGCAUGGAAAGAUUGGUCCUAUUGGUUCAAAAGGUGAAAAAGGAGACACGGGUGACAUAGGCCCACCAGGACCUAACGGUGACCCAGGCAUCCCCUGUGAGUGCAGCCAGCUAAGGAAGGCUAUUGGUGAGAUGGAUAUCCAAGUGGCCCAGCUGACAACGGAACUAAAAUUCAUAAAAAAUGCUGUUGCUGGUGUGCGUGAGACAGAUAAUAAGAUAUAUCUGCUGGUGAAGGAAGAGAAAAGGUACAAGGAAGCCCAGCUCUACUGCCAUGGAAGAGGAGGGACGCUGAGCAUGCCCAAGGAUGAGACUGCCAACAAUCUGAUCGCCUCGUACAUCAACCAAGCUGGGCUCACCAGAGUUUUCAUUGGGAUUAAUGACCUAGAGAAAGAGGGAAAUUUUGUCUAUUCUGACCGAUCACCCAUGCAGACCUUCAACAAAUGGCGCAGUGGGGAGCCCAACAAUGCCUAUGACGAGGAGGACUGUGUGGAGAUGGUGGCAUCUGGAGGGUGGAAUGAUGUUGCAUGUCAUAUUACCAUGUAUUUUGUGUGUGAAUUUGACAAGGAAAAUGUCUAAGCUUGUCUGCUCUUUCUUUAUUUUAAGAAAAGAUUUUAAGCUGAUUGUACCAGUUACCCCAUGUUUAUAAAUUACAAGUGAUAUUUUGCAAGUAUGAGGCAUCAGUGUUGUACAGCUGUAAAUACAAUUUAGGUAUUUCAAAUAUCAGUAUUUACCCUUCAGAAGGGAAGAGCAAUGAUGAGACAUAGCUUGUUUUUUCUGUAGGAAAAUAUAUGUAUUUAGAUAAAAAUGUGGUUUGGGGCCAAAUUCUGCCCUCACAACAGUUAACAAAUGUGAUUGUGUGACUGUAAGGGAAGGCAGAAUUUGACCUCUAGUUGUUAGAAUGAUUAUUUCUGAAGAAGUAGAUUCCUGAUAUUCUUGCAUCUUAGCAAAAUUUGUAGUUAUAAAUGUUAAUUGCUUGUCGUGCUACAGGGAUACAAGGCAACUAUUUUGUAUACUCCAGUUAAUAAGUACAAAUAUUACUGUAAGGUUUUGAUUGUGAAGGUGUUACAACUCUUUUUUUUUUUUUUUUUUUUUUUAACAGCCAGAGCAAACCAACAAGUCAGGAGUCCUACCAAUUUUGUAACAUGACUUUAUUAAACUGUUCACAGUUGCGUAGGAGGUACUUAACUAAACUGUGUUUUAGUGCUGAGAGAGGACAGAGUUCUUAUAGUUUAGUAUUGAAAGAGGGAUCCCACCAGAUGGCUGUUUUGCGGUUGGCUAAAGGUAAAUGUAAGAUUUUGGUUUUCUGCAUUCUUUAACUGAGAAUGAUUCAGUGCAUGAACUGUUUCAGGCCCCAGAUAAUUUCUUGAAGUACAUGCAUUUCGCAUUUGCGUAAGAUGAUCUUGGUGCAUUUUGUUACAAACCAAACAAAAUACUACCCUCCACAAUUUGAUGCAGACUUCAUAAAUAGACAACAAAUUGUCAGAUUGUAAGGUUGACUCCCUGAAAAGCAGCAAAAGUUUCCAAAAUUUUCCUCAUUAUGUAUAUAGCAGUAAUAAGUAAUUUUGCACAAAUAAUGUAUGUACCAAAUUUACAAUUGCAUGUGAUAGAAAAAUGUGAUGUAUAUUAAAAUAAAACCCAACAACAUAAUUUCACGGAAGAAAUUAUGAAUUACUUUGGAUCUUCCUAGGAGCCAGUUGCAUGGCAUCUUAUCUUCCUGUCAGGCAUAGAAAGAUGACUGCAGAAUCUCUAUGUUUCCUCAGCAGUACCUUGCAGAGUGUUUUAAGAUGAUUUUUAAGGAGAAACAAUCCUUUGUAUAACACAGUAAUCAAAAUACAUAUCUGAUCAUUAUGAGAGAUUGGUCUACAACAUAUCCACAGAGGAUGUGGCAUGUGGUUCCAGAGAUUUCCCUGUAGCAAGGCAAGAUCAACUCAUAUCAACUCUACAGUGCUGUGGUAUAUAAAGAAUCAGUGACCAUACAAUUCUGUUCAUAUCCACAGAGUCUGAAAAUAUUUGAUGCAAUGCUAUUAUUGUAUACCUAAGAAAAUAAACCAUUUUGCUUACUAUAUUUACUCUGUGAGUUUGAAUCCAUUAUAUAUAUAUUUUAUAUAUAUAUAAUGGAUAGUAUUAACAUUAUUUUUGAAGAUCAGUAGCAAAUUCCUAUAUUAUUUGAAUAUCAGCCUGGCUCCAGAGCAAUCAUACUAAGAAAUGAUCAUUCCUUUGAUUGCUUUGCUUUCUUUCUAAUAAAAGUAGGUAUCAUUCCUAUAUGUUAGGCAUUCUUUCAACUGUAUAUUGAAAUCUAUUAAAUACUGUGAAUAUGGUUCUACAAUAGUAUUCAAAGAGUCUUUACAGAUUUUGCAGGGAGCUAACAAUUCCAUGGUACGAUUUGUUUGUUGAGAAUAGUGCCUUUUGAAUAUCAUGACUGUUUCCUGCCUGCUAUAGAAAUCCUCAGAAAUUGUUUAAAUCUCCAACAUACUUUUGUUGAAUUACUGUAGCUAUAUUAAAACAAUCCAAACCUGAAUUACAGAUACCUGGAGCUCCCUCAUUAUGUAUGUGCUGAAGUUGCUAACUUCAUUUUUCACCCAGGUUUUGAAAGUCUCUAUUGUAAUGUUUGAUUUCCUCGGAAACAUGAAAAGAGGCCUUUUGAGGAGGUGGGAGGCUUUUUCAGAUGCCAAAUACUCCUAUUUUAGCUGGAAGUCACACCAUGUUUAUAAAGAUUGAUUUGACAUGUAGAGCAUUUAAGCAGUCUCAAUUCCUAUUAAAAUUUAAGAUGAAAAAUAAAGGCAAUGGUGAAGAAA